AUGGGGGCAGAAGUUGUUUGUUCUCUGAUCUUUCUGAUAACAGCUCACGCUGUUCCCAGUGUGGCUGAGAUCUCCUGCAGAAAUGAGUUGGGCCAAGCAGUGGAUUGGUUUGCCAUGUACAAGCUGCCCAGGGUCAUGGAACAUCAAUCUGCUGGGCUGGGACUGAGAUAUAUGUACCUGGAUCCAUGGACUGCAGACUGGCAGCAAGGUAAAUACCUUGUCAACACAACGGAGAGUGCGGUGGGGAGAACCUUGCAGCAGCUCUAUGCCAACAAUCAGUCAAAGGUCAACGACCAUGCUUAUUUUAUCUACAAUGAUGCUCCGCCAUCGAUGCCUUACGACAUGUUCCAUGGACACACAAAAGGGGUCCUGAUGUUUGACAAAAUCCAGGGAUUCUGGCUGACGCACAGUGUGCCACACUUCCCUCCCAAUGUCACAGAUGGGUACGCUUGGCCGUCGUCUGGACGGCGAAACGGACAGACUCUUCUGUGUGUUACAAUCAAGUACGAUCAGGUGACAAAAAUCGGAGACCAGUUUUUAUACUCGAACCCUCAUGUCUACAGUUGGACUCUUCCUCACCGCUUCCUGCCCGAGCUGUCCAAACUGCAGAUUGUGUCGAAAGGUGGCAGCACAGCCAAGUCUCCGUGGAAACGGCACACCAAACUCACAUCCCUGGGGGGAGUCCAGUUCCAGAGCUUUGCAAAGUACAAGCUCUUCGGGGACGAUAUAUACACGGCAUGGGCGGCUCAGUUACUGGAUACGGAUUUAUUGGCUGAAACCUGGAACAUUGGGAAGUAUCAGCUGCCAUCCAACUGUUCCCUCCACAGAUACGUCUACAAUGUCGUGAAGGUCCAAUUGCCGGGGCCCGCUUCCUUCCCUUCGACCCAUGACCAUUCCAAGUGGUGUGUGUCCCUGCAACCCUCCGAUGGGUGGGCUUGUGUCGGAGAUCUCAAUCGCGCUGAGGGCCAGAUGUGGAGGAGUGGCGGGCUUCUCUGCACGCAGAAUCCCUUGCUGUACAAAGCCUUCAGACAAUCUGUGUCCCUGUACAGGAAUUGCUCGUGACGCUCUGUGAUGUAACGGGGAGAAUUUUGAAGUUGAGGUUUAACAGCUACUUCAGAACCUGGAACAUUACAGCACAGCACAGGCCCAUCAGCCCACCAUGUUUAGCCGACCUUUUAACCUAUUCCAAGAAGAAUCUAACCCUUCCCUUCUAUAUAACCCACCAUUUUCUAACAUCACAGCCUAGUUUGGGAACAGCAAUGUCCUUGGUGCAGGAGCCUAUCUAAAACUCCCUUCAAUGUCCAUAAUGUAUCUUCCUCUACCGCCAUCCCUGGCAGUGCGUUCUACACACCCACUACUUUCUGUGUAAAAAACCUACCUCUGACAUGCCCCACUACGCUUUCGUCCAAUCACUUUAAAGUGGUUUCCCCUCAUAUUGGCCAUUUCCAUUCUAGGACAACGUCUCUGGCUGUCUACUCUGUCCAUGCAUCUUAUACACCUCUAUCAAAUCAUAUCUCAUUCUCUUAUGUGCCAAAGAGAAAAGUCCCAGUUCACUUAAUCUUUCCUGAUAAAACACACAUUCUAAUCCAGGCAGCUUCCUGGUAAAUCUCCUCUGCUCUCUCUCUCUCUCUCCUUCUAUUUAACCAGAUCUGAACACAGUUCUCCAAGUGUGGUCUAACCAGGGUUUUAUAGAGCUGCAACAUUACCUCAUGACUCUUGAACUCAAUCCCCCAGCUAAUGAAGGCCAACACACUGUAUGCAUUCUUAACCACUGCACCAGCUUGCGCGGUAACUUUGAGGGAUCUAUGAGCGUAAACCCCAAGAACCCUCUGUUUCUCCACUUUGCGAAGAAUCCUGUGAUUAACCUUGUAUUCCGCCUUCAAGUUUGACCUUCCAAAGUGAAUCACUUCACACUUUUCCAGAUUGAACUCCAUGUCCCUGCUGUUCUGUGGGCGGAAGUGGGAUGGCAGCUUUGUGAGCGUCAUCCCGAGUGGCGAUGAACUGUGUUCCCUUUAUGGUACUCGGUUCGGGAAAAAGUUGUUGCGUUGUGUUAAGUCGAAUUGUUCCCUUGAUCUUCAAAAAUAAAAAUAAAGUUGCUUUGAGUUUGCAAA